AUGACCCGCGACCUGGUUUUAAGCGAAGCAGCUCUCUACCUAGGUAACCUAAAAGCCUUCAUUUCUCUAGGUGGCGGUAAAGAUACAAACGAUGGGUCACUACACACAGCUGCUUUGCUUGCGCUGCCAGAAUUCGUCCGGUGGCUGCUACAAUGGUACAGCGCAGAUCUCGAGCACGAGGCUUUUGGGAUGAUGAUUCCCCUCGUGGUAGCUUGUCGCUCAGAGGCGCGGCCGUGGUGCAGGGUCGCCAACGCUGAGAGUACUUUUGAGAAGCGGAGGGUAAAGACGAUGCAGCUGCUUGCCAGAAAGACGGAUCUGUCUUGGCGCAAUCGAAGAAAGACAGUACUACACUUCGCCAUAGAUGAAGGGCCAGAUGCUCUGCAAGCUAUGCUGGAAGCCCUCGAUGUGGCCCACGAUGCGCGACGUAAUGAGCGGUAUCUAUAUACGGACCGAGAAGGCAUCACAUACUCCCUCAGCUGCUACAUCCGCCAUCUCUUGGACCCCGACAACAAGGAUCCUAAAACCCUUAGAAUGAUCCUAUUGCUGCGCGACACCGGUAAAUUGAAGGAUAUUAUGUAUCGACCUGAAGAACCGGGCCCUGGAGUUGAACAGCCGGUUGGAUAUUGUGGGAUGCCGCCAGACCUUGAGAGGAAGUGGGAUGCGUAUAGCGAUUAUGAUUCUGUGUAUUAG